AUGUUGUCGAGGAUCAUAUUCUUCACCGCGGUUACAUUAGCAACUAUAGCAGUGAUUGUUUUGGCUUUGGUAUCGCCUGUUUCACAUAACAAGAUCCAUUCAAGACCAUGGCUUGAUCUAUCCCUUUACAUUCAACAACCUCAAAACAUAACAACCUCAAAUACACAUGCCGUUCCAAGGGAAGAUGCCGGUGCAUUUGUCUUUCACCGCGUACUUACUGAGGGACCAGAAAACACUUCAAAGGUAGUAGGAAAAGCACAAGGUUUCAUAAUUCCUGUGGAACAGUUUCAGCAAUCAGAAUUCAAUGUUUUGUAUCUCACUUUUGAUACACCAGAUCAUUCAGGUAGCUUGAGUGUGCAAGCAAUCAAAGUAGGUCAUAAGGACAGAGAAGAAUUUAAGGUUGUAGGAGGAACAGGUUCAUUUGCAUUUGUUCAUGGUGUUGCUGUUUUUACUCAGACAGAUGAACAAAAAAGUGAUGAAGCUAUAACUUAUCAUGUAAAACUUCAGCUUGAAUUCCCUAAUCAUUCUACAAAGUUACUAUGA